AUGUCUCACGAAUUGAGCGAUGAGCAAGUCGAGAAGCUCAAGCAAGCCUUCGACAAUUUUGACAAGGAUGGCAAUGGCACUAUCACUACCGAUGAGGUGAGCAAUGUAAUGACCUCAAUAGGGCAGCAAAGCCCAUCUGAGGAAGAAUUGGAAGAAUUUAUUCAACAGAUGGGCGGUGAAGAUGGGAGGGUUCGCUUUGAUCAAUUCUUGAAAUUCAUGGCAAAAUUCAUGAAUGCUCAGUGA